CACCCAGGGACCAGCAGAGCCAUGGAGCUGGAAUACGAGCUGCCCAAUGCCACCGCGUUCUGGUUCUCCCCAUCUUCCCCUUUUGACAACUUCUCUGUGGAGGCUCCCACCAAUGCAUCACAGAAUGCCACAGGCCACCACUUCGACCUGACCAGCAACGCCAUCCUCACCUUCAUCUACUUCGUGGUCUGCAUCAUUGGGCUGUGCGGCAACACACUGGUGAUAUAUGUCAUCCUUCGGUAUGCCAAGAUGAAGACCAUCACCAACAUCUACAUCCUCAACCUGGCCAUCGCGGAUGAGCUGUUCAUGCUCGGGCUGCCCUUCCUGGCCAUGCAGGUGGCCCUGGUGCACUGGCCCUUUGGCAAAGCCCUCUGCAGAAUUGUCAUGACAGUGGAUGGGAUCAACCAGUUCACCAGCAUCUUCUGCUUGACGGUGAUGAGCAUUGACCGGUACCUGGCUGUCGUCCAUCCCAUUAAAUCUGCCAAGUGGAGGCGGCCCAGGACAGCCAAAAUGAUCAACAUGGCCGUUUGGGGCAUCUCCCUCUUGGUGAUCAUGCCCAUCAUGAUUUACGCUGGGGUGCAGCAUAACCACGGCAGGAGUAGCUGCACCAUCAUCUGGCCAGGAGAGUCGGGUGCCUGGUACACAGGCUUCAUCAUCUAUGCCUUCAUCCUGGGCUUCCUGGUGCCUCUCACCAUUAUCUGCCUUUGCUACUUGUUCAUCAUUAUCAAAGUCAAGUCCUCGGGCAUCAGAGUGGGCUCCUCCAAGAGGAAGAAGUCCGAGAAGAAGGUGACCAGGAUGGUGUCCAUCGUGGUCGCUGUCUUCAUCUUCUGCUGGCUCCCCUUCUACAUCUUCAAUGUCUCCUCUGUCUCUGUGCUCAUCGUGCCCACGCCUGUCCUCAAGGGCAUGUUUGACUUCGUGGUGGUCCUCAGCUAUGCCAACAGCUGUGCCAACCCCAUCCUUUAUGCCUUCUUGUCUGACAACUUCAAGAAGAGCUUCCAGAACGUCCUGUGCCUGGUGAAGGUGGGUGGCAUGGACGAGGCGGACAGGAGCGACAGCAAACAGGACAAAUCCAGGCUCAAUGAGACCACGGAAACACAGAGGACCCUGCUCAACGGUGACCUGCAGACGAGCAUCUGAGGGGACAGCAGUGCUCCUUCCUUCGCUCUGCUGCACCAGGGUGGUGGCACCCACGGGGUCAGGGCAGCAGCACCG